GGCCUCCAACGUGACACUCUCUCUUCUCUGUCGCUCAUAAAAUAAAGUGGGCAAUCUCGAGUUCAAACCAACACACUAUCAUCUAUCAUAUUAUUAUUUCCAUCAUGUCAUCUCCGCCUGCAAAGAAAUCUGUUUCCUUCGGUAGGACCUCCAUUGCCCUGUACGAAGAGGAGGAGUUCCGUCGACCCAAAUGGUACACUUCCAGCGAGCUGUUGCUCAUUGAUCUCUACAACCAGAAAGACUUGGAACGGCAUGGCCUGUCCAGAGGAUUGGAGCUCGUCCACGAUGAAUUGUUUGGCCGUCCAAUGGUCGAGUAUCAGAGGCAACACGCCUAUGCCGUGUUAGAUCUACAAGACGACCAAGAGGGUAUCCGAGAUGAAAUGGCCUUGAGGUUGGUGUCGUUGGACAGGAGCAUGGCAUCUCGUCGCCAAGCACUGCUACGUGCCGAACAUGACGCUAUGGAAUUGAAGGAGGAACCGGCGGUAGUGGAAAAACAACGCUGCUACCCUAUUGUGGACUACAGCUACAAGUGUCCCAACAACACUCCCAUUCCCAGCAUCAUCACUGUGCACAAACAACAACAUGUAGAGGGAGGAAUGGCCGCUUAGUGGCAUACAGUAUGAGCCAUUCAAAGUCUGAAUGUAUGUAUUAUGUGUGGAUUUUAGCAAGCCACCACCAAAGACUCCAUUGAUCUGAUAAACUCACUGUACCGGUACAUAGAAAAUGCAUUUCAUACAACACUAAUUGCCUGAUACAAACCAUGGACGGGAAUUUUUGAGUAGGGAGGUUAUGGACGGAAGCCAGCGAGGGC